AUGCAGGGUCAAGAUGCAGGUACGAAGUCCCAGGACGUUAAAGAUCGGCUGAAUCCAUUUCUCAACCGGAGACGAUCCAACAUCAACAAUAGAUCACCUUGCCGCUCUCAGGCCCCUCUAUCCAACUAUCGGUACAUCAAUUCGGAAAUCGCAGAAUCUGCACGCUUUACAGACUACAUGAUUGUUGACAUUUCUGGAAGCUUGGGAUCCUGGAGGCUUUCGGAGUGUUCCCUAUUGAGCCUGCGCGCCUUGCAGGAUGCUGCAGGGUGUGUUAAUUCAAGCGGUGAUCUCCCUGGGAAAACGCGCUUCGUCGGCAACCGCUCCAGGACUGCGCUAGCAGGCGCCGAAUGGCACCUCCGCCUGUCCACCAUAGAGCUCCUCCUUAAUUUUGCUUCAUUCUCUCGUAAUUUUCUAUCAACCACGUUCACCCCACAACCACCAGCCAAUGACCCCGGUCGAAUGACCAGUCGAAUGCCCGCAUCAAGCAGCUCGCUUUCUAUGGACAAGUCAAUGUUGCUUUUCGUCAAUGGCCAUCAUUCAUUGCCGAAUUGA